AUGUUUGUAAGUUUUAAGGUACAAUCCAUGUACAUAAUUAUCUCAGACGAGAAGGCAGUCACCGCCCUGCUGGAGGUUUUGGAACGAGAGAAGGAUACGGAAGGCGUCGUUAACACGACAAAUCAAUCUGACGGUAAGUAUCCCAUAUUUUGCAAUCAACGGAACUAUUUAUGA